AUGUUGUUACAUAAUACUAUGAAUAUGCCAUUUCAUAAAGUGUUAAUGAAAAGCACCAGUGACAGUCGCGAACUAAAUGGUCAAAAUGAUAAUAUUGGUAACGACGAUGAUAUCGAUGAUGAUGAUUAUGAGGAGGAGGAGGAGGAGGAGGAGGACGAAAUAGAAGAGGAAGAAGAUGGUGAUGUGAAUUUAAAACAUAAUCAUUCGACUGACUUAUCCGAUUGCGAAAAUGAUGAUGAUAAUGAUGGUAACGAUGAUCUAGAUGGUGAACAUGUUAUGAACCAAAGAGAGCGAAAUACGACUAACAAUACGAAAUCCAAAUUAAAAGAUGAAUUAACUAAAGAUAUCGAUAAUCGAAAAAAGAACAACGGAGCUGGUAGACGAUCAGAAAAACCACCAUAUUCUUAUAUUGCAUUAAUUGCAAUGGCUAUCAAAGCAUCUCCAUCAAAACGAUGUACAUUAAGCGAAAUCUAUCAGUAUCUUCAUGCACAAUUUCCAUUCUUUCGUGGACAGUAUACUGGAUGGAAAAAUUCAGUUCGACAUAAUUUAUCAUUGAAUGAAGUUUUUAUUAAAUUACCAAAAGGUAUGGGUCGUCCUGGAAAAGGUCAUUACUGGACUAUUGAUCCAGCAGCAGAAUUUAUGUUUCAAGAUGGUGCAUCAAGAAGAAGACCAAGAGGUUUUCGAAGAAAAUGUGCAUCAGCAGCAGCUGCUGCCGCUGCCGCAGUAGCGGCAGCAGUUGCAGUGAAUAUUUCAUCAGGAAAUAAUUAUUCACAAAUAACUCAUGAUAACACAAUGCAUAAAAUCUCCACAACACCUUUUGAUAGUUUUAAUUUAGGAAAUAUGGGCCAUGAUUUAUUGUUAACUAAAGAGAUGACACGGUUUUUUAUACCGAAUUCAGCAAAUACCCGUGGUAUGAAUUAUGAUGGUGUAAAUACUGUUUCUAAACUUCAACCACUUUCUAACGGAUUGUCAAUUUCAUCAAAUUUGAAUAUGACAAAUUCAACAUCAGUUAAGUGUGUAGAACUAGAAGGUAUUGGACCAUCAUCUUCGUCGUCUUCCAUUGACAGUGUUUUCUGUAAUCGUACUACAGCUAAUUUAAAUGGACAAAUACAUGGAUCCAGUACACCAGCUUCAGUUUCAUUUGAUAAUGUAUUCCGUGCACAAUCAGAUUCUUUUGGGAUAAAGUUAUCAAGUUCACCAAUGGAAAUUCCAACAAUAACAACCCAGCUUACAGAAAAUAUACAUGCUUCUAGAACAAACUCAGGAGAUUUAGAUCCUUCACCAUACAGUUUUAUGAACUCAUCAGAACAUCUAAGAAACAAUAAUGGUAAUAUCUCAGUUAGCCAACAGCUGCCUCCAAUUUACCAAACUAUGAUUCAUAAAACAUUACCAUGUAUACCAAACUCAAAUCCUACAACUGUCUCUUCACUUUAUAAACCUACUGUUUCUGACGCAUAUAUUGGUUCAGUGAAUAUAAGUAACAAUACUGAACAUCAUGAAGACAUAGAAAUAGAUUAUUCAACAUAUUAUAGUAGAGAAAAAGAUCCACAAAUAAGUGGCUCACAUUCAACCCCAAUAAAAAUAAACCAUCACAAUUUAUAUGAAAAUAACUUCAAUCUUAUACAACAUUCUCAGGGUUUAUUGUUAAAUACAAAAGAAUUGAGUUUACUAAAUCAUAAUAAUGAACAAUUAAGUAGUGAUCUUGAUGUACGUUGGUCUAAUGACAAUGUGUGUUGGCCAUGUGGUACAUCUAUAAAACGAAACCAGAUGUUUAAUCAAAAAGAGUGUGAUCAUACAGAUAUUCCUUCAAAUACAAUGGAAUCCAAUUUAUACACUAAUGAGAUUUUUAAUGUUUCUCAAAUAAAUACUAAUUCUUGUAAUAAUAAUAAUAGCACAACUGUUAACGAUUUCAAUGAUCCUACAAGAAGAAUAGUUGAAAGAUUUCAAGAACAUGAUAAUGCUCUAUACACAAGAGCAUUAUUAUCUCCAUCUUCUAAAAGUAAUUCACAAUUAAUUGAUUCAAACAAUAUACCAAACAUUCAACAUACUAACUUAACAAAAUCCGAUGAAUCAAAUCGAAUAAAUUAUUCAAUAAGUUCACUUGAUAAUGAUAUUAAUAUUCAUAUGAAAGAUUCAUGUCAUCCUAAAUGUCCACGAAUUGAAAAUAGUCAAAAUAAAAAUGAAGAAAUUCAUGAAGGAAAUGAAAUAUUAGCAUACAAUACAACAACGGAUUCAUUAUCAACAUUUAUUACUAGUCCACAAUCACAAAAACAUAACUAUAUGUGA